AUGGCCCCCCGCAAGCUUGCCGACAUUGCUUCGGUUGAAUUAGAACCAGCGGAGGAUGUGCAAGCACUUUGCUGCUCCACAGGCCGGGAGCUUGCUCGGGAGAUGGACACGUUGCAGCGAUCCCUGGAGAAGCGAGAUGACUGGGCCGAGCGCUGCCGCUCUCUGAAGAGACUGCAAGGUUUAGUGAUGGGCAGCUCGCACCUGGAGGGUUUCGUGCAGGCUUUGCUGCGGCUGCGGGAGCUGCUCUUGGCGCAGGUCACGGACCUCCGCUCGGCGCUGGUCCGGGAGGCCUGCGUGGCCCUGCGGCUGCUUGCCGAGGCGUUUGGCAGCGAGAUCGAGGUGCUGGCUGCCGCUGCUCUUCCUGUUCUUCUCCGCAGCACGUCCGUGACAAUCCUGGUUAUUGCAGAAAGCUGCUUCCGGUGUGCUUGCGCCAUCGUCGGAGCCUGUCAGGCCCCACGAGUUGUCCAGGCACUUCUGGAGCCUGUGAGUGCGCGCAGUAGCGUGCAGCGUCAUCGCGGGCUGCAGGUGCUCCUGCUGGCUCUGCAGAGCCAUCCGACGGAGCGGCUUGAGCGUUUGGCCGAACCGCUGCAGAAGGCGAUCCGUGAUGGCCUCGAAGAUGCGAGAGAAGAGGUCCGUGGCUCGGCCCGGCAGUGCUUCUGGGCCUUCACGCAGAAGUUCGAGGAGCGGGGCCUGCGAUUCCUGGCGCUUCUGGAUCCUGCAAGGCAACGCCAGCUGAAGGCAGAGGCCCCGACAGGCGAAGGCCCUGGUGGGCCGAAAGCCGCGUCUUCUUUGCGGGCCAGGUCAGCCUCGCAGAAGCGCAGAACCGCGGACAUCGAGGCCCAACGGCGGCCGCUGGCUGAUGUGACAGCUUCGACGUCGCAAGAGAAGAGGAGGCUGCUUCGAUCUGCCUCCCAGAAGCUCAUUGCCAAGGACCGGCAGCCGGAAUCGGAUCUGAGCAAGCAGAAACCGCAGCAGCGAAGCUCUGCGGGAAAACUCGGGGGAGGAGAGCCGGAGAGCAUCGAGACUGCAGCACCAGCGCCGCUGCCAGCGGCGCAGCGGCUGCCCUCCGAACCCGAAGCCGAGCCUCGCGGCCUGGAGGAGGCUUGGCCGUCCUCUCCGUCGUCUCCGCGGCAGGCCAAAGCCGAGCCUGCGGCGGAGCCGAAGGCAGAAUGGCCGCCCUCCAUGGAGCAGCUGGUCGAUGCCUGCUUGAAAGGCAGUGACAGCGACGCCCUCGUGGAAGCGCUGCAGCCGGAGAAGCCACAUGCGCGCCCCAAGGCCUCCCAUGCGCUGCGGGCCCUGCACAUGGCACUCCUUGAGGCGAACGGGCCUGCCGCGCAAUUGGCUGCGGUCGAGCUGCUCGACAGACUGCUCACUGGAUCGGAGCUGGUGCGAGAUGCCAUCGCCGACAAGUGCGUGGCAGCCCCCCUCACCGCUGCGCUGGCACGAUGUGCCGUGACACACAGAGCUGCAAAAAGGGUUCUUGGCAGGUGGUUUGUUUGCGAGGAGCCGCCCCCACCGCCGGCACCGUCACCAAAGCCGAAUGUGGCGGGCCUGCCUUUGCGACGAGGACGCGUGCAGCCACAGUCGUCGGAGAAGGAGGCGCUUCCUUCGCUGACGGCGCUGCUGGCCUCGCGCCCGUGCACGGAGGCGUCGACGUUGCGGGCCCUGGCUGCUGCUGCGAAGGCAGAAGACGAGGAGACGUGGAGAAGUCAAGGCAGGGUGAAGCACAAGCAGGAGGGCGGUGGCGAUAGUGGAGGUGGUCUGAUGACGGUGGAGAUGCCGGUGCUGGACAGAGUCACUCCCAGCAUGACCUCUGAGCCGGAGCUCAUCGUCAGCAUCAAGUGCGGCUUCAUCCACGUCGACAUUGACCACCGCCAGCAGGCUGCGCUUCGUGCGAGAACGAUGUCACCUCGCCGAGCCGAUCGAUCCAUCAAGGUACAGCAGGAGGAGUCGGAGUGGCUGCGCCAAGCGCAGGAGUUGAGUCGGGCGGUGGCGAGCCCGCCCUUGACUCUAGAGGAACGGCGCCUGAACUCGGCGCUUCGCGGCCUCGUGCGGCGCCACGCACGGGCGCUGAAGUCCGGUGGAGUGGGGCUUCACCUCUCAGAUCUGGGCAAGCUGAGCAAAGAGGACCGGGAGUGGCAGGCCGUGGUGGGCAGUCCCAUGUCCAAGGACCUUGUGGCGAGGGUGGUGAGGCCAGGAGACGUUGAGCUCCAGUUCAAUUCGGAGAGCCACAAGGAGGUGGUAAUCUUGAAGUACAAAAUCUAG